AUGACUACAAAAGAAGUUAGCAAACCUCUUACUGGUACGGUGAAUAUCUGCGUUGUUGGCCUAUCUGGUUUCAAGCAAAAUUCUGGUAAUAUUGGCGUCGGUAAAUCUUGUUUUUGUAAUCGCUUCGUUAGACCUAAAGCUGAUAGUUAUAUCAAUAAUCACGAUUCAGCUUUAUAUAGCCUUAGCGAUUUUAACUCACCAGUUGUUAAUGGUGACCAUUACUUGUAUUGGGGACAAGUUGUACGAAAUUAUGAAGAUGAUAAUAGCCGAAUAGUCUAUCGUGUUAUUGAGCAAACCGAAUUUAUUGAUGAGCAGACUGGUGUCCCUUUUUGUGCUGACGACAUACUACCAUAUCACAAACGUGCCCUCCAAACCAAUUUGUCCUCGGAUGGCAAAAUAGCAUACUAUAAUAGCGAUCAAGUCAGUUUGCCUAAUGGAUAUCCUCAAGACUACAUGCCAGAUAGCCAACUAAAUAUUGACGGUUUUAUCUGCGUAUUCGAUAUCAAGUCUAAUAAUAGUGAUGCCAAUGGAUAUUUCGAACUGCAAUUUAAAUUUUUCCAAAGCCUGAUAGAUGAAUUAUUUCAAGUAGGAAAACCGUUCUUAGUUGCAGCCACGAAAUGUGAUGAAAGUGAUAAUCAGUCUUUAUCAGUUAUCAGCGAAUUUAUUUCGAAUAAACCUAAUAUCCCAUUGAUCGAAACAUCUGCUCAUCGAAAUAUAGGCAUUGAUGACGCUUUUCGUGCAUUAGCUCAAAUGAUACUUCUAGAAUCGGAAUUUGUUUUCAAGCCAAUCGAUUAUAGCGUUGAAGAAGCCAAAAAAAAUGAAGAAGAAAUUUCUUUAAUAACUGAACUUAAUCAAAUAUUAGAAGAUCAUGUGGACAGUUGUACGACCAAGUGGAGUGAAGUCAUUGACGAUAUCCAAGACGAUUUAGCUUAUAUCAAGGUUAUUGACUGUAUUGGAAGCGAAGCAGCACAAAAACAAUUUCGGAAACAUUUACGUAAACUUAAGGCUGAUCUAGAAGAACGAAAAUAUUACGAAUAUAUGUCAUUACUUCCUAAGACACUACAGCAGAUUUGGCCAACCUAUUCUGCCCUAUUACGAACAGUUGGCAGUGUUGAAAAUUGGUCUACUUGUUGCAAUUGGAUAAGACAUAACAUGGGAACUUGUCAUAAAUAUAUCAUUAUCUUUCCCGAUGAUUUACCUUGGAGUGAAAGCGAUCAUUUACUUCGUGACGAUCCCCGCAUACCCUACGACUUACUACUACAAAGCGAUGCCGAGGUAAUGUUUAGAACUCAUAUCAAAAAUCUCCGUGAACGUAGAGAGGUAGAUCUAGCAAAGUUAGAAUUUCGUAAACUUUUAAUCCACAUACCUAAUAUUCUUCCUGGGAUGGAUAUAUCUGCUAUCGAGUCUUAUGUAAAAUAUGAAACUUGCUACAUAAAAUUAUCAGUAAACGAUCGGAAGCAGAUAUACCAAGAAUAUCAGUCAGAUCUUACUGAAAGGUGUAGAACAGAUUUCAUCGAAUUAUUAUUUGAAUCGCCAGAUAUUUGUAAGGCUUUGCUACAAGCAGAUAAUGAUUAUACUAAAUUAGAUAUAUCCCAGUUGAAGGGUUGCAUUUCGAAAGAUAAUCGCUACAAGCGCUUAAAACACCUUAAAUCGACAGACAUAGAUCAAAUUUUAUUAGAUUAUGUCAUUUGUAUGCAUGGUAAAGGCAGAUGUAUUUAUGGUGACGGGAAAUGCAUGAAUAAGGUAAUGAGAGGAAUAACGGCGAAGCAUCCACGAGAAGAACAUAGUAAAUAUGACAUUAGAUUAUGCUUAUGUGCAAUGUGUUGUGAUCCAUACAAAAUCGAACGUAUCCUCGAUCGUUUGUGGAAGAAUAAGAAAUGCAGUAUUGAUCAAAAUAAGCCAGAAGAUAUUUUGAUUGAAAUGCCAUUUGAAGGCGAUAUGAAGAAAAUAUCUCUACAAUUAACAUCACUUCAUAGUGCUCACCACGUAAACGCAAAUGAAUUCCAAGGAUUUGUAUUGAUUUAUUCAACUCUAAGGCUAGCAUCAUUCGUCACAAUGAGGAAUUUAUUUUUAUCUCUACCGCAAGAUAUUCCAGUUUUGGUAUUAGCGGUAACCGAUGCAGAUUUCGAUUAUGGUGUUUCCUUCGAUCGUGCCUACGCUGCCAAACUUCUAGCUGAUGGAAGUAAUUUGGCGAAACAACGAAAUAACUUUUUAUGGCUAUAUUCCCCCCGAUUUCCUAAUCAUGUUGGCGAUUUUUCGUUGUUUUUCUCGUUGGUAUUGAGUAUUUCUCUUAGUAAAGCUGGCCUGCCAUUAAAACGCGUUGCCGCAACUUCACUAUCAUCUUCUGCUCCAUCACUAAUUGAUAGCAUAAGAAAAAGUAAAGGAUCGACCUCGAGUGCACAGAAAAACCUAUUAGUACCCACUAAUAGCGCAAAAAUGAAAUAUUCUGAUGCGGUAAAUGAGAACCAGCCAGCGUUAUCAACAACGAUGCAAAACAAUGUAAUUGAUCUGUAUAGUAGACAACGUUGUGAAUCUAUGCACGGAAAGAGAAAAACUGGUAAUUAUACCUCUUUCGAUCAAGGCUCCGAUACUGAAUUAGAUGAAGAACGAAACUACAUACCUACCGCAGAGAAAAUAGAUAAUUUAAUCUCAAAUUCUGGUAGCAUUGAUGAGGAUGAAGGCAUUAAUGCUGUUAACAAUUUUGCUGACAUUAAAAAAAUGUGGGAACAAAAAUCUAUAUCAACAGACGCGGAUAACACCUCUAAAGUAUCCUUAACAACACCUGAUUUGAGCACCCAAAGAAAUGUGUCUAUAGAUGGUACAGCAAUUGACAAUACCGAUUCAAAUUCCACAGUUCCUCUUGAUUCUGAUGCUAAAGUCAAUGAUGUGGUUACUGAUUCUUCGGCUUCUCAUAGUCCUAGUCCGUUUAAGGAGUCAUCAAUAGUUCAAGAAUCCGUCGCAAGGCCUAAAACAAUUUCUUCCAAACUAGUAUUACCUAUAGCCGUUGAAGAAGAAGAUAUUAUGACAAUAGAUAAAACUCCUGCUACUUACUCAAGUUCUAAACUAAAUGCUACUAAUGUAAACAGUACUCCAGUCAAUUCAGAGUAUGGUACAGAUGAAGUUGAUGGUAGCCCAGCAGCUCUGAAAAUACAAUUGCCUCAUCAUCGUACAAAAUCUAAAGAGACAAACAUAGAUGAUAUUAUACAUACAACAACAAGAGCCAUCAAGGAGACGAAUAUAGACGAUGUCAUACCCACAAGAACAAAAACCUAUAAGGAGACGAGUCUUGAUGACGUUAUAGAAACCAAAAUUAUUCAAAAGAAAGAAACAAACUUAGAUAAUAUAAUAUCUAACAAGGAACCUAGCAUUCUUGCAGUUACUGAUCUCACUCAGAGUCGCCAAACUACUCGUAGCUCUAAUCACUCACAAGAUAAUAUCCUACCUACCAAAAUGAGCAAAACAGUUAGCAGCUACUCAAUAUCUGAUGUGCAAUAUCCGAAGACCGAGCAUACAGUCGGUCUUGUUAAGCAGAUCAGCGCAGAUACUUCUAAAAGCUAUGGUUCGAAAAUUCACUAUGGACUGAAAAGACAGUCAUCAUUAUAUAAAAGUGAAAGUUUACCAACUUUAGUGCUAUCAUCGAAUGCUGAUGACUUAGCAAAAUCUCCAGAUGCUCAGCAUAACACGACAGCACCGCUGGCUUUGCCUGAAGACUUUGAGCAUACAGUGGUAAAAGAUGAAACUACCCCAUAUGUGAGAACAGGAGUAAAAAAGGAAAAUGUUAGGAGAAAAAAAUUUUCCUUUUAUUCUAAGCAUGCAUUCAGAAACAGAGAACUUUUUGGUAAUAAAAAAGCACAGACUGAUAAGUCACCGGAAGUAAAAAAUCAAUCAGAACCUGAACAGACUCGCCCGAAUAGGUUGCUAUCACCUGACCGAGAACCUGAACUGCCGAACCGUUUGCAACUUGAUAUUCAUGGCUCAGAUGAUUCUGAGGACUCGUGUGAAGAAGCACUUUCAAAGCUCAGCAGCUCGCGUAUAUUGAAGAAUGACUUCUUACAACUAUUACGAACAAAAAAAUAUCGGCAAGAUCAACAGAAAAAAGCUAAACGAGAUCAAAAACGUCAGCGAAAAGAACAAGAAAGGCGAUUAGAAGAUGAACGUCGAAAGCAGCGUAAGCAACGACGAACAGAUGAAAAAAUGAAUAAAAAGAUAUCCAAACUACAUUCAACUUCAUGUCAAUCACAAUUCACAUUAAAUGAUAUGGCUAAAAACAAGAGUAACAUGGUGCCGGAUUUUAUAGAAAAUUGUAUAAAAUACUUGGAAAAACAUGGUAUUUAUGCACUGUAUAAUUUCAUUCGCGCCGUAAAAUAUAUAUCGUGUAUGGUAUCGCCCAGAUAA